AUGCAACUCCACUUCGACAACAGCGGCAAGUACAGCGACGUGGUGCUCAGCGUGGCCCUCAAAAGGCGCUACGGAUACGCCGUCCUGAACAUCUACCUCCCCUCCCUCGUGCUCCUCGUCGUCAGCUACGUCACCCUCUUCUUCAGGACCAGCAUUUUCGACGUCAGGAUGAUGGCCGCGCUCACCGUGCAGCUGGUCCUGUGCACGCUCUUCUCGCAGAUAUCGGCCACGCUGCCGAUGACCUCCUACUUCAAGAUGGUCGACGUUUGGCUCAUGUUCUGCAUCGGCAUCACUUUCCUCGUCAUCCUCUUCCACGCCAUCACCGACCACGUCGUCAACAGGGAGGACGCGAGAGGGGGCGGUUCCUUCAUCAAGGUCGUCCCUAAGGUCAAACCGGAGGUCAAAGGUCACGGGUUGAAGGUCGAGGAGCGAAGCGUGGAGAGGAAGCUGCUCCUCGGGUCCCAGCUGUCGGCUGAAUUCACGGUGGUCAUACAUUUGUACCUGAUGGUAGAUGCACCACUCUUGCAACACGCCAAGGACUACAUGAUCUAA